GACGAUAAUCGAAGCUGUCAAAAGGUGUUUCUCGCAAGCGCUCUGUUGACGCUUCUAACUUUGUUUCUUGAGCAGUUUCUUUGGAAAUGUUGUGAAGUCAAAUAAAGUAUUUGAUAACUCUGUGACCGCGAAUUUACAUUUUCGUUCGCUAGUCUAGCAGUGCCGAGACGUUUUUCCGCGCCAAGAUGAUGUGCUAUGAGCGAUCAUGUCGGCUGUGCCUCACCGACCUCACCGAAGCGCCCGUGGAUUGCUCGACAAUUCCUGAAUUAUACGAGACCGUGAAGGUGUUAUUCGAUGUCCAGAUUUGCCGAACAGAUAAUAUUCGAUGCAUAUGCAACCACUGUCUCGACUAUGUUAUGGGGUAUCGAGCUCAGAAAAAGAAGAUAACAGAGUGUCAAAAAAUUAUCCAAGAUUAUGAAGCUGUACGAAAAAAAGUGAUGGAAACACGCAACAUUUCAAGAACAAUAAAGAGAGAGGUAAUUGACGUUGACACAUUCGAACGUUCGAUGCCGGAUACACAAAGUUCCAAUUUGCCCGAGAGAAAAUUUCCACGGCCAACAGCCGUUACCGAUUCAGAUAUAGAUGAUAUACUUGCAAUAGUCCAUGACAAAACGUCAACUUCGCGAUCAUUAUCCAAAACUGGAACACAGAAAAGAGCAGCCAAUACACCAUUGAAAAACUUGAAAUCAUUGAAAAUUGAACGUCAAUCAUCGCCAGAAAACCGCAGUCCGUCUCUAGAGCCCAUAUCGUCCACAUCUAAAGAUCUUGAUAAACCAGCGAGAAAUAAUACAUUCUUGGCAUCAACUUCAAUAGAGAAUAAUUCUCUAAGCUUCGUUACAAUAUCCAAAACCAACAAAGCACCAUUGAAAGAUCGAUCACCCCCAGCGGACAUAAAUGGAGAGGCGGUCACCUCAUCAGUACAAACUCCCACUGAGACUGACAAAAAACAUCAACCUGAAAAGAAUUCAUCCCGGAAACGGCAAUCAUCAACUAGUAAAUCUCCGUCAAAUAGGGCAAAAGCAAUGAAUAGUGCAGAAGAGAUUUGUCGUAAACCUCGUCAAAAAAUGUACAAAUGUGCAACGUGCAAAUUGAAAUUGAAAUCAGCCGAUGAACUUGAAUCACACAAACUUAACGAGCACGUUAACAACACCUCGAAGAAGGAGGAGGAACUUAAAACGCCGUCACCUAGAUCUCGAAAGGUCAAACAAGAAGACUCGAUUACGUCUUCAGAUGGCAAAAAUACGUCGAUACGACGUAGUGCACGACAAGCAAAGUCUCAAGCCAUGAAAAAAAUUUCGCCUAACCAGGAAAAAUCCCCCACUAAAGGUCGACGUUCGAUGCGAAAAGACAAAUCCUCGGAAACGCCUAACAAUUCAUUAGUAGAGCCGCAACUUACAUCGACACCGGUUUUGCCGACUGUGGCUGUUGCGGCAGCACCUAAUUUAAAUGAUAAGAGUCCGCUUCUUCAAAACCAGUCCAUAAAAUCGGAAAAUUCAACAACCUUGGGCAACUCGACCUUCUUAAAAGACACAUCAUUAAACAAAUCGGAUAAAAAGCGUAUUAUCACGAUAACUCUAGUUCGUACCAAAGAUAGCCUAAACUUUAGGUAUUGCGAUCAGUAUAAGCGUAGCAUUGAUUUCAGCACUGUAUCACCGGACGAACUGGAGGAUAUACGGAAGAGCUUAAUGAUCCCUGAAAUAUGGACGAAUCUUCGAGAAGCAUUCAAAAAUUCGCCCCCUGAUGAAAAGACAAUUGAUCAACUGAAAACAAUUUUAGGUGACGAAUAUGUGCUAUGAAUUCGAGUUAAGCGGUCUAGUUCUACUUUCCAUUGCGAUAAGUCGUUUUCCUUUCACGUUUAAAGUGUUGAAGGCUUCUGUCUUUGAGUAAAUUGGUAUGUUUGCGAUUGCAAAGAAAUUGCAAUCACUCCUGGAGUUCUAUCAUUUACUUUUCUGGCAGGCUUCUUUCGAAUGUAUGUGAAUGUACGUUAUUUUCAUUACAAAAGAAUAAACGAAUGCGAAAUCAAAUGAAAA